AUGCCAUUCUUAAAAAGGAAACAGUCAAUCUUAUCCUUGAUCCUGCUUCAUAUCAUAUUAUCUCAAGCAGCUGUCAUUCCUACAAGUUCAUCCAAUCAGUACAUCCAACUUGAGCUCUUCAAGGGGCAGAAUGACCAUCAUUCACUAAUCAAACGAUAUGUCAAUGAUACUAGCUUUAAACUCUAUAACGAGCGAAGAACAGAGUAUUUGAUAAAAAUAUCUGUGGGUACACCGCCUCAAGAUUUUAUGGUUUCUUUUGACACCGGAAGUUCAGAUACAUGGAUUCCUUCAUCUAAAUGUUCAAACCAAGCAUGCAAACCAAACGCUUUUGAUUCCAGUAAAUCAUCUACAUUCAAACCUCUGAACAUGUCAUUUUCAAUCACUUAUGGCCUAGGCUCCAUUUCUGCAGAUUAUGCCAAAGAUACAAUGCGACUAGGCAACACAUCUGUUAGUGGUCAAACAUUUGGUCUGGCUACGUCUGUAGCAGAUAACAUCAUAGCACCCACUGACAACACGAUAACGUCAAGCGGCAUCCUCGGUCUAGGAUUCCCAGCUCUUACCGCCAACAGUGAUACGGUCCUAGCCUACGAUCCUUUCAUUUUCAAUCUUGCAAAGCAAAGUUUAAUCCCAGAACCUAUUUUUGGUGUCUACCUCGGUUCCAUGGACGCUACCGGCUGGGCUGGUGAAGUCCUAUUGGGCGCAGUGAAUCAGAGCAAGUAUACAGGCGAACUCAAGUAUGUUCCGGUUCAGCAAAAUGUCAAUCCAAAGACACAAAAGCUUGACUAUACGUACUGGUCAGUAGGAAUUCAAGAUAUCAAAGUCAUACGAAAUAACCAGACAACUUCCAUAACCGCAGCCGGCAACAGUUCCGAGCCAUCAACGAAGAACGCUAUGCUUGAUACAGGCACUACGUUUACGUAUUUGACAAAAGAGAUGACUGAUAAGAUCAUUGAACUGAUAACACAAAGGAAAUCAUCUGAAAUGAGUCAGUCCAAUGGAUUGUACGUGGUUGAUUGUAACUUAAAGACAACUGAAGCCAAGCUGGAACUCAUGAUUGCUUCCGCAGAUACGAACCAACCUGUUCAUUGGCAAACUGAUGUUAUGGAUCUGAUUGUUCCCCUAAGCGAGAAUAGGUGCGGUUUUGGGAUUACAUACAAAGAAAAUAGCUUGAAUGACAACUUCAUCAUUGGUGACAUUAUUUUGAGAUCAUCUUAUUUAGUGUUUGAUAUGGGCAAUAAGCAGGUAGGCCUUGCUUCUGCUGCUGGAAUGAAAGGUAGCGUUUUUUAA